UCGUGGAGUUUUGCUGUGUAAUUUGUACAAUGAGGGCUGUGACAAAUAUAGUAAUAGGACCUUUAAGACAAUCUCAAGACUUUUAAGGUGACAGUUUUGCCAUUUUUUAUUACCCGGAAGUAGAUUGGACAAACGCUAGUUGCUUACUUGACGUUGGUGACAAAAAACAAGGGCAGGCGCGAUAGCCUAGAAUAAGAUACGAUUUUGAAGAAAUAGUUUAUUUAAGAACGGCAUUGCAUGUAUUAAACGUUUGGCACCGUUCAUCCUUUGUUUACAUUGUAUUGUUAUGUGAACUCGCUGAAAUGGCUACAUUUUAUGUCAUCUGUUGAGGUGGAUAUCUGGACCUCCAGUAGAAGCGGAAGGGAAAGAUACAUUGUAUAAUUUCUCAUCUCCACAUAAGGAAAAAAGUAAAGCAUCAGAUGAUGCCAGAAGAAUACUCGUCUUGUAGGUGACCAUUUGCAAUGUUAAAAACAGUGACAAGCAUUAAAAAGACGAGCUCUACACUUUUCAGCGCAGACAGAGAACACAGGUUUAAGGCCAAUGCCAUGGACCUGAACCGAGAAGUCUGCUUGACCUGAUCGUCUGCUAUAGAUGAAGGGAAACUGGUGAUAAUGAUGGAUCCCUGAAGUUUUUAAGAAUAAAAAAAUAUAAGUCCUGUUGGAAGACCUUUGACCAUGAUGGAUGACAACACAGGUGAACCUAAAAAGACAUUACAACCUAUGUCUGAGUUCACUGCAGGAGAGUCAGGGGACCCAAGGUUGAGAAAUGAUUUGGCAUCCAAGGAGGCACUCUCUAGCUCCGUCUGGUCCGUGUCUUUGCCCAGUGAGGAAAUGGGAUCAGGAGAGGAGGAGGAGGGGGAAGAGGAGGAGGAGAUGGUGGUGGUAGAGAGGCCAGAGAGACCAGAGGCCGAGUCAUUGGACAGUUCAUGCACUGAGUCUCCUCAGGUGCAGGUCCAUCCAAAUGAUGCUAAUGACAUCGAGGAGAACAGUGAGGCAAGAGAAGGAGGAGAGUACCCGCAAGAAGAUGGAGAAGGGGACGAGGACUCUGAAAAAGAUGAGACCGGUGAAAUGGAAGGGGAUAUUGACGAUGAGCAUCAAAGAAAAGAGGCAGGGAAGGAGCCUAGGAUGAACGGAGAGUCAGGCUCCCGGAAUUCAGGGUCUGGGAAGAGAUGGCGAUCCAGGAACAGCGGAUCUGCUUCCACGGGAGGUGACCAACCCUACACAACACCUUCCUCUUCCUUAUAUAAGCCAUCCCUUUCCUCCUCUGGGGGUGGGAGGCACAAGCAGGCCAGGCGGAGGAACCACCACCACCACCAGGGUCGGGCUCGGAGGCAGACCGGCUCCCAGCUCAUCAUGGCUGUCAAGGAGAUCCUGUCAGAGUCCAUCAGCCCCUGGUGUAUGUCCUGCAUCCACAUGGUGGUGGAGCUUAUCGUGUCUGUUGCCCAUCACUGUGGAGUGGCUGUGGAAUCUGGGAGCCUUGCCCUUUAUGACCUCAGCUCCCGUUUCCUUUUCCGGGUCACGGACCUCCCGGGGUUGAAGCAGGAUGCCCGCCGGGCCUUCGUCUGGACCCGCUGCACUGGCGCUGCCCUGGUGGCGUGGACUAGCAGGCUGACCAGUCGGGUGUGGCAGGCUUCCACUUCCUGUUUCAGCCUCUUCUGUGCCAUUGUGAUGCUCGCCACCAGAUGGGCCAAGUGCAGUCUGGGAAGGCUCAGCGGGGGUCGGGCCCAACAGUGGUGGGAAACCUUGCAGAACUCAUGGGUGUGGAAGAAAGCUGCAGCCCUGUUCGAGAGGUGUAGGGGAUUGUUCCGGAGAACAGGGUCUCAAGGGGCUGGGUACUCCCCGGAGUCGCCCAGUGGGGGGAGAGGCCAGCCAGGGCAGGAGCUGGAGAGGCUGCUGUCUCUGGCACAGGUCCCUGAGGAGGAGCUUGACCCCUUCACUGUGCUGGGAGUGGAGCCUAACGCCACAGAGAAUGAACUCAAGAGGGCCUAUAGACAGCUGGCUGUACAGGUCCAUCCUGACAAGAACAAGCACCCGCGGGCAGGAGAGGCCUUCAAAGUGCUCAGGGCAGCGUGGGACAUCGUCAGCAACCCAGAGACGAGGCGGGAGUAUGAGCUGAAGCGAAUGGCUGCCACUGAGCUCUCCAAGUCCAUGAACGAGUUCCUGACCAAGCUGCAGGAUGACCUGAAGGAGGCCAUGAACACCAUGAUGUGCACCAAGUGUGAAGGCAAACACAAGCGCUUUGAGAUGGACCGGGAGCCCGGUGAGGCCCGCUUCUGUGCUGAAUGUAACCGCCGCCAUGGUGCUGAGGAGGGAGACCUGUGGGCGGAGUCCAGCAUGCUGGGCCUGCGCAUCACCUACUUUGCCUACAUGGAUGGAAAGGUCUAUGACAUCACUGAGUGGGCAGGCUGUCAGCGGAUAGGGAUCUCCCCUGACACACACAGAGUGCCCUACCACAUCUCCUUCGGCGCCAAGACCAACAGCAACCCCAACCGUCACAGAACCCCAGAGCCUCCUCCCGGCCCCAGCUCACCCGCAGACCUGCAGGACCUCUUCAAUCGCAUCUUCCAGGGAGGGGGACCACCCACUGACAUGGCAGCCAACGGAGGGUUCUUCCCCUCUGGAUCGCCACCCCCCCAACCUCCUGGGCCGGGCACGGGGGCUAGCGGACCAUUUACGGGGCCCUCUCCCCAGACCGGCUUCUUCCCCCACGGGCCACAUCGAGCAGAGCCCAGCGAAAACUGGACUGAGGGGGGCAAACACCCCCGACGCAGGAAGAAAGUCCGCAAGCCCUUCCAGCGCUGAGCGAUCCAGACUCGCGAUCCACCUGGACAACGUUAUGAUAAAUGGCCAUGUUGUUUGUGUCUGGGGGUGGGAUUGUGUUUCUGGCAACCCCACCAACCCCCCAAACACACACACACGCACACACACACACACACACACACACACACACUCACAAACCAACCCACUUCCCCACUGUUCGGAGUCAAGGAUGAGCUCUGCAAAUCAUGUGUGGAUCUUUGGGGUUGUGGACGUUUCGUGGUGAAAUGGAUCAAAAGCCAGAUGAAAAGAGAGAGAGGCUGACGUGGGAAUGAAGAUGAUGAUGAUUCUCAAGUGUAAUUUUAUUUAAAAAUCAGAAGUGGUGUGCUUUGUUUUGGGGGGGUUUUCUCAGUCGCAAACCAUAUAUCACUAAUGUGAGAUUCUUUUGUUCUGCUGCAAAGAUAAAGAUCGAUUUUGACGAUGCCAUUUGGUUUUGCUCAGAUGUAGUUUGCUAUUUCACAGUUCAUAAUGAAGCUGGUUUUGUAAUGUUUUUGGUUUCUUUUACAUUUUUAGAGUAGUAAGAACGUUAGCUGCUGAAGCCUCAGGGAUGGGUGGGUCUGGAUCCAGAUCAUGAUUGUUUGGGUGGGGUGACAGGAAGAGAAAGAGGAGGAGGAGCUGGGGAUUCUUAGAAUUCCAGGAUUGGAAAUGUUUGGAAUUCUUAAGAGAAUAGAACUUCCCAGAGGAUGGUUUGCUUCUUUCAUAGCCCUGUACACACAGCCCUGCUCUCUCUCAUACAGCCACACAUGACUCUGUGUCUGCUUCUCAUGGACAAAAAGAAGUUUAUGUAAUAGAAACUUGCAUUGAUGGUUCCAUAUUUUUUUUAAAUAAUCUAUCAUCCCUGUUGGAAGAAAGCCUCAUAUCUCCAGAAGAACAAUUCCAGUAUUCAGUUGUUUCUUUAAAUUUCUAACAGAUUAUCAGAGUGUAACAAACAUUCAGAGUCCUUGCUUUUGGACCGAACAUUGAAUAGUUUAAUUAUAACCUUGUAUGUCAAGAUUAUGGUUGCUCUCAUUUGUUUUUGCACUACUUCUGUCACUUUCUUGGAGUGUUGCUGAAACCAGAAAAAUAUGUAUAAUUUAAAAAAUAGAUUUUACAGUACAAUGGCUUUGUUGAUUGUGUGCAGAUUUUUUCCUAUUUACAAACACAGUUCCACAUUUAUAGUCCAUAGCUAUGGAUUUUUUUUAUGCUUUGGCAGAAGCUCAGCUCUGAUAAGAAAUGCUUUUAACUGGUAAACAGUAGAACCACCACUGAAGAAGCAUGGCACUUGAUGAGUAAGCAAGGUAGACGAGCCAGAGAUCCUGAUAUGUCGUCAAACAACAAAGAUAUGUUGGUUGUAAAAUGUGUCUUUUAGUUGCAGGGGGAAAAGAUUUAAAGGGCUGGCGAAAUGGCCUCAAAAGCACUAGAUUAGAUCUCUGCCCUGGUACAGCACUAGGGACUGCCAGAAAAGAGCCAAUACAUUUUAGACUUCUGUUCACCACAGUGAUCUACAGAAUAACAGAAAAAAAAAGAUUCAUUAAACCACUGAUGUAAAAAUGGAGAUAUGACGUUUUCACCCAACAGUGAUGGUAACACUAAUAACAGUACAAUAAGAGGUAUGUUUAGGGCGAUGAGACGCUUUGAUGGGGUUUAGGUUGUCGUGUACUGAUGAGCAUUAGUGAUUGGGUUGUCGUGUACUGAUGAGCAUUAGUGGUUGGGUUGUCGUGUACUGAUGAGCAUUAGUGAUUGUGAUGGGAGAGUCAAGUGGCUUCUUGUUGUUUGGAGCUUGGUUUGAGUUCUGGCUUGACACGCAAGAUUUACGGCCUCAGACUUCAUCUCCAUAAUCAUAGUAGUUCUGCUCUAGCAUAUUCCGGCAUUCUAGUUUUCUCAGUUUUAAGAGUGGGUAGCUGGUAGUUGAAGGAAUGACUACAGUACAUGCUGACCGUUUCGGUAGUAACUUCAUAACACAAAACUCUUGCCGGGGACACAUCAGUGCUCCAUGAUUGUUAAGGCGGACAGGUAUGAUAAAUGGGACAUUCUUCCAGAAAACAUUCUUGUCAUUCAGUGGUCUUUCCCAGCCAAGCUACACUGUAUCACUGCCUUCUUCUCUUCCUUUGUCACCAAGUGUCACAGGGUCAUGUCACACACAGCCCACAGAGGGCAAGAUCCUCUGCGCCUGUUUGCAUUGUCUGAACUGGUCUUACUGAAUAUCAAAGCCUCAGUAUUAAGCAAUGGUUAAUCCUCGAAUCUUGAACAGAUAUCUUUUGAUCGAGCUUCACUUCACGAGAUUUUUUUUUUUUGUUUAACUCAUGUUGAUUGGUGUUUUUCUGUUGUUAAACAGUUGUGGUUGAGCCUUGUCUGAGAAGGAAGAUUAUUUGUUUUUGUUGCACAUGUGGUUAAUUUGCGCUUUGAAGUUAAAGGGUGUUCGCUCACUCAUUUUCUUUGAAUAUGGUUAUUAGUGAUUUUUUUUCUAUUGUAGGAGUUGCAAUGCUAAGCUGUUUGGAUGCUCAAGUUGACUGAAGAAUGUAACUAGUUGUCUGGAUGAUGAAGUCAAUUAGGCUUCUGUAGAAAGAACAUCCCAGAAGAACCUGAUUUUUGUAGGUAUAUGCAAAAAAAAAAAUACAUCACAAAAAAAAUCUGUUUUGACAAUCAUUAGGAUUACAAUGUGCAGGACACUGGUUCAUUUGUCUUUUGUUUGGCAUGACAUGGGAUGAGUUUUAAUACAGUUGCUAUUGAAAAAAGAAUCACAAUUUUAUUAUAAUUUCUUUUUUGCCUUUUUUGUUUUCAUAGUAAAGUUGAUUUCCUACAAA